AUGAAUGUCUUUCCAUCCGUUUUUGAGGAUAUUGCACUUGGUCGGGACUCAAAAAUGUUCACUAAAGUUGUUUCAAGUCUUUUUCUGAUAUCUGUAAUUGGGAGUGUCACUGAUUUUCUCACACUGGGCUACACCAGCCUCUUUAUUGUUCUUACAGUUCCUGCAUUUUAUGAAAGAUAUGAAGACCUUAUUAAAACCCACAAUCUAAAGAGCUACCAAAAACUGCAGCAGUUGUACAUAAGAUUCGAUGCAGUGUUUACGAGCAAGAUUCAGAAGUUGAUUUUGGAGGCAAAGAAAUUGAGUUGA